UAAAGCACAAUUUUAGAUUUGAAGCUCGGGACUCAAUAAUGAUCCCACAGCCCACUGCGAGGGAAGCCGGGCACCCCAGGGCCUGUGGAGGGUGCAGCGGGCUGUAGGCAAGGGCAGGGGGAGUGGGCCACGCUGCUGGUUGGUGCCUGAAAUCUGUGCGUUGCCCCUUUAAUUGUGUCCCCAGCCCGCGGGCGUUUCUGUCCAACGCCCACGUCAGCAAAUACCUUUUGUUUCUCUCACGUUGGGGCUACUUGUUUUAGGGCGCCAAGGCACGGCCCCGGAAGGGGGCUCUUCCCCCCGCCGAGCGCCCAGGAACCUGCCCCCGGCCCGAGCGCGCGACCCGCCGGUGCUCGGCGGCCCGCGGACAAUCCUUCACACAGAGAUUUGUGUUUGAAUUGAAAUUGCCUCCUUUCUACUUCAAUCAACUCAGGAUUUCAAGAGCAGCUUCAUACAUUUCCAGAUAUCUCCACACCUUUCUCUGCGAGUUUGACUUCCCAUCUAAGCUUCAGGUCAGCAUUCCUGUGCCCACGUGGGCGUUUCUACUUGUUCUCACACAGACUUCAGUAUACUGAAAACCAGUCAUUGUGGUGUGGUGGAGCAUCAGUUAGAGAUCCCAACUCAGAAUGGAGAUCUCCUCUCAUCAGUCCCAUCUCCUGCAGCAACUGAACGAACAACGCAGACAAGAUGUGUUUUGUGACUGCAGUAUUCUCGUGGAAGGCAAAGUCUUCAAGGCACACCGAAAUGUGCUCUUUGCUAGUAGUGGAUACUUUAAAAUGCUCCUCUCCCAGAAUUCAAAGGAGACAAGCCAGCCGACCACAGCUACCUUUCAGGCUUUCUCCCCAGACACUUUUACCGUUAUCCUGGACUUCGUCUACUCUGGCAAACUCUCCCUUACUGGUCAGAAUGUGAUAGAGGUGAUGUCCGCUGCCAGCUUCCUGCAGAUGACUGACGUCAUCAGUGUGUGUAAGACCUUCAUCAAAUCUUCAUUAGACAUUAGUGAGAAAGAGAAGGAUCGCUAUUUCAGUCUCUCUGAUAAAGAUGCCAGUUCGAAUGGUCUAGAGCGUUCUUUUUAUAGUGGCGGCUGGCAAGAAGAAAGCAGUUCUCCACAUUCCCGCCUGAGCCCCGAUCAAGGAACAGGUGGAGUAAGUGGGAAAUCUUGGAAUAAAUAUAAUUACCAUCUACCUUCUCAAAGAAAUAUGCAACAAAUUCUGGCCAAGCAUGAACAGAGGAAGGAUUCCAUUAAAAAGUCAAAACACCUGAGGCUGUCAAAGCCUCCUGAAGUUGCUCAUUUUAAGUCAAGUAAACGGGAAGUGCAGACCUCUGAUUCUUCCAGCCACGUUUCCCAGUCUGAAGAACAAGCACAAACUGAUGUGGAAAUAGACUCUGCUCCUAUUGGCUAUCCAUAUGGUCAAGGAUCUGAUGGCAUACCCAGAAGUUUUUCAGAUGACCUGCCCCGGAUGCGGUUUAAGUGCCCUUUCUGCACACACGUGGUGAAAAGGAAAGCUGACCUCAAGCGCCACCUUCGCUGUCACACGGGGGAAAGGCCCUACCCCUGUCAAGCUUGUGGGAAAAGGUUCAGCAGGCUAGACCAUCUCAGUAGCCAUUUCCGAACAAUUCACCAGGCCUGCAAACUCAUCUGCCGGAAAUGCAAGCGCCACGUGACGGAUCUCACAGGACAAGUGGUACAGGAAGGCACCCGGCGCUACAGACUCUGCAACGAGUGCCUUGCCGAGGUGGGCAUCGACAGCCUCCCCAUGGACCUGGACGCGCAGCAGCAGCUUCUGUCCCCGUCCGAGGGAGACAAGGAUUCUAGGUGGCACAUGAGUGAAGACGAGCAUAGAUCAUACGUGGAGAUCAUUGAGGACGGGUCUGCUGAUCUGGUCAUACAGCAGGUUGAUGACAGCGAAGAAGAAGAAGAAAAGGAAGUAAAGCCCAACAUUAGGUAGCUGUUAUGUGAAGCCACAGACCUCACACGUCUGCAGCUUUGUGUGACUUCCUGCAUCUGUGUCUCUCCAUGGUCAGAGCCUGGUUAACACUUUUAUCUGACUGACUUCAAAGUCACCACCUGACAUAACUUGCAUGCUUUCUGAACGGGGCAUUGUGCCCAUUCCUGGACUGUGUUGCCCUAAAAUAUGUUGCUGCACUGGAAAGAAAGACAUAGCCUGAGUUGGCAUGGUAGGGGGACAAUUACUCCUCUUGCUUCUAUUACAGAGAUAUCUUUUUCCUUUUAAUAUUGGAAGUUCUACUUAGCAAACUUUUUUCAAGGGAAGUAUUUUAAAUAAAGCUACCACAAUCA